AUGGGAACACGACCCACUGGCCCUGAAGAAAAAAAUAUGAUCGGCUACCAGAGCAGGCUGAAGCUUAAAACACACAAUACGUUCAAAGUUGGAUUCAUUUUAUUUGUUGGAGAAUUCGAUGAUGAGCCACUGAGAGCAAAACUUAUUAGAGAAGUGGACACACAUGGUAUUUUACAUGAGUUUGUCAAUAAGACUCGUAAAGAGGUAAUUGACAAGUUAACCUGCGUUCUUGAAAAAAGGUUGACUGAGUAUCUCAAACAAAUUCAAGAAGAACUAAAUAGAUACUCACCUCCUACGGGAAACGCUGCAUCAAGUCUAUGUGAAGUCAAUGCAAUUCUUAGGCGACUAAAACAAGCAGAACGUUAUCCUGAAGAUUUGACUGAGAACGAUGACGAGAAUGGAAUUGAACACCUUGAUGUCAAUAGAGUACUCCAGAGGUUUAGUGAAAGUCUUCUCUACCAUGAACUUGAUGGUAAUGUACUAAAUGUUGUAACAAAUGAUCAGGGUAUUAAAGAGGAGAUUGAAGCUGGCCUCCUAGAGGCAGGUUUUGAGAACCUCCAUCUAGUGAUCACUGUUGAAGACCACCUUUCCAUAUCAGAAUUAAGUGAAACAGGAGAACCUUUACAUGGAGCUAAAUUUGUAUAUGUAAAUGAAGGCGUAGACGCUUUUCAUUCUAAUCAAUCAUUUGCAACUACGGGAAGUCUUAUGUUCACAAGCCAAAAUCAUGAGAUGGUUGCAGUGACAUGCCGACAUGCAUUAGAACAAGUGGACACUUGCUAUACUUUGAUAGACAACGAAGUAGUGAAGCUUGGGGAAGAAAUGGCACAACAAAACAAUAACAUGGAGAAACUACAUGAUGAUAUUGCUGUUGUUUUAAUCGACGAAGAGACUCGUCCCAUUAUUUCUGAAAAGUGUGAAAAACUUCUCAUUGAUGAUUUUGGACAUCCAUCCCCAGCCCAAAUGUCUCUCCAAGAUCUCAGUGUGGGAGACAUUGUUCACAAAAGAGGAGCUAAAACUGGUCUUACAACCGGUAUUGUCAAAAAUGUUGAAGCUAAAAUAUACGGUAGAUUUGUUUUACCAAGCACUGUAAUUCAUAUUGCAGGAAGGGAUUUCAAACCAUUUGCAGAAAAAGGCGACUCGGGAUCACUAGUAUUUCAACAUACACUGUCGCUAGAAAAAGAUUCCUUAAAUGUUUUUGCUAUGGUGCAGGGUAAAACAACAAUACCAAAUGUGGGUGAUCGAAUAAUUUGUUUUCCGAUGAAGAAAGGUUGCGAGACUUUGAUACAAAAUAUACCCAACUUGCAAGAUCUGCAAUUUUACGACAGCUGACAUUUGAAUUGUAUUGUCGUUUUGAAUAGUAUACAUGUAGUGAUCAAAUAUUUUUUUUAAAAUAUCCUUAAUUCUCUAAGGUAAACAUCACUGAUGUCAAAUAGUUGUUUGCAUGCCACAACAGAAAUUUAUUACAACA